UCCCAACUGUAAAACAAAUGAGUUUCGUGCGAUAAUACAAUAUUUAUCUUAAUAAUCUGUAGAAAUGGUCAUAUUUCAAUUAGAACAAAAUAAACUUAUCCAUUACGCGUUUUAGUAAUGUGCUUAUAUAUGGUAAAACCUCUCUCUCUUUCUUUCCUUCUAUCUUUUUCCUUUCCUUUCAUUCAGACCCAAAAAGAUUUAAAUUGAGAAAGCCUUGAAAACCCAGAUCAGUAGUUCUCUCCUGACCAAAAGCCAACUCAGAGUUAGCACAGAAGAGCUAAAACUAAAGAAUAAUGAAGACAAGUCUUAUUCUUUCCUUGCUCUGCUUUCUCAUACUCGGUUUCGCCGGACCUAUGGUUCCGAUAGAAGCCGCCGCGGCAGGCCGGUGGCAGCUCUUGCAGUCCAACAUUGGCAUUACGGCCAUGCACAUGCAAUUGCUUAGCAAUGACCGAGUUAUCAUCUUUGAUCGUACUGACUUCGGCCCCUCAAACUUGUCUUUGCCAGAUGGCAAAUGUCGUUUCGAUUCAAACGACACUGCGUUAAAGGUCGACUGCACGGCUCACUCGGUUGAAUACGACGUCGCUUCCAACACCUUUCGACCGCUUAUGGUCCAGACCGACGUGUGGUGCUCGUCGGGUUCCGUGACGACGGACGGGACCCUCGUCCAGACUGGUGGUUAUAACGAUGGCGAACGAAGGGUCAGGACGAUGAAGCCGUGCUCAUCAGGCAGCUGUGAUUGGACAGAGAUUCCGUUGGAACUCGACGCACGUAGAUGGUACGCGACUAACCAUAUCCUUUCCGACGGCCAGGUGAUCAUCAUUGGUGGACGGAGACAGUUCAAUUACGAGUUCUAUCCAAAAGCGUCGUCUUCGGCUAAGAACUUGUACAGUUUACCGUUCUUAGUUCAGACAAACGACCGAGCACAAGAAAACAAUCUGUAUCCAUUUGUUUUUCUCAAUGUGGAUGGCAACCUUUUCAUCUUUGCCAAUAACAGAGCUAUACUACUGGACUACAACAAAAACCGGGUCGUAAAAUCAUACCCUCAAAUACCAGGUGGUGACCCGAGAUCUUACCCCAGUACCGGAUCCGCCGUCCUUCUGCCACUGAAGAAUCUAAAGGCGCAAUCCAUUGGAGCGGAAGUUUUGAUUUGUGGUGGAGCCCCGAGAGGUUCUUAUAUUGAAGCAAAGAAUAAUAAUUUCCUUCCAGCUUUAAAGAGCUGUGCCCGGAUCAAAAUAACCGACCCGAACCCGACCUGGGUCAUGGAGGAUAUGCCUAUUGCUAGAGUCAUGGGUGACAUGGUAUUGCUUCCAAACGGCAACGUUUUGAUCAUAAACGGCGGCUCAUCCGGGACUGCGGGGUGGGAAUUUGGCAGGGACCCCGUUCUAAGCCCGGUCGUUUACCGACCCGAUAACGCAAUCGGGUCCCGAUUUGAAAUCGAAAACCCAUCAACAAUCCUUCGCAUGUAUCACUCCACGGCGGUGCUUCUCCGAGACGGUCGAGUCCUUGUCGGCGGAAGUAACCCUCACGUGUUGUACAACUUCACCGGAGUGCUUUUCCCGACGGAGCUGAGAUUAGAGGCGUUUAGUCCUUCGUAUUUGGAUCCACAGCUUUCGAACCUGCGCCCGAAGAUUGUAUUGCCCAGCUCGCAAACAAAGCUGUCGUAUGGGCAAAAGGUUGUCGUUCGGUUUACUUUAAGAGGAGCAAUGACACAGAAUUCGUUGUCGUUGACGAUGGUGGCGCCGUCGUUUACCACACACUCCUUCUCAAUGAACCAAAGACUUUUGGUAUUGUCGGCGGAGAAAGUUACAAAUUUGGGGAAAUCGACGUAUCAGAUUGAAGCCACCACACCCGGUUCGGGUAUACUUGCACCGUCCGGUUAUUAUCUAUUGCAUGUGGUCCAUCAAGAAAUUCCAAGCGAGGGCAUUUGGGUCCAGAUAAAAUGAGAGAAGUGAAAAUGUAUUGCAUAUAGUGAUGAGUGGUAUAGAGUUAUUACUUUUUUUUUACUCUUGUUCACUAAAAGAGCAAAGAAAAAAGAAAGAAAUUAUAUUUAUUGAUUUGAAAUAAAUGAUAGACAGAUAAUUGAAGAAGUGUGUUGCAGUAGUGUGAGGUGGGGUUUAUAAAAGAUUAUUAUUGUAAUCCUACUAUCACUUUGAUGGAAAAUUACUCUCUAAUGAUUAAAAAGAUUAUUUACAUAAA